UCUGUUCUGUGUGGAGAGAAUUAAAUUUGAAAUAUUCUUUUUUUUUUUCCUUCUUUUUGUUGGGUUCGGAUUCCUUAAAAGCCGCUAUAGUUUGAUGUUUUUAGGUUUUUUUUCGACGGAAGCGAAAACAGAUGCAUUGAAUUUUGCGGAAAGCCAAGGAGUUACGAGGAGAUUUCUCUAUUUUUGUUUCUGGUUAUUUUUUUUUUGUUUGGUUGAAAUUCGUCGGUCUUGAUCUGGGCUUCUCCGGUUUCCGGCUCAAGCAUUAGACGAACAGAGCGUUGUUUCUGCCAUCGCACGUGGUUAUACAUCCAAGUGAAUCAUGUCCGAUGGGUAUUACAGUUCGAAGAAGACGGAUGAUAUCUGCACAGAUGUCUGUGGAGAGGGAUCACGGACAGCAGCCAUGACGAGGCUUAAGUGUGUUCUUCGAGGUUUCGACAUGAAAACCUACAUUUUCAUGUUCAUGGUGAUGCCCUUUUGUAUCUUGGCAAUGUAUUUGCACGGCCAGAAGGUCACCUAUUUCCUCCGACCCCUCUGGGAAUCUCCUCCGAAGCCAUUCUCCGUCCUUCCUCACUAUUAUCACGAGAAUGUUUCCAUGGAAACUCUCUGCAAGCUUCACGGAUGGGGAAUCCGUGAAUCCCCGAGAAGGGUUUUUGACUCUGUCUUGUUCAGCAACGAGAAAGAUAUUCUAACCAUCCGUUGGAAAGAGCUUUACCCUUAUGUCACUCAGUUCGUUCUUCUCGAGUCUAACUCGACGUUUACUGGUUUGGUCAAGCCGUUGGUUUUCAAGAGCAGUAAGGAGCAGUUCAAGUUUGUGGAGCCUCGGUUGACUUACGGGACUAUCGGGGGACGGUUCAAGAAGGGCGAGAACCCGUUCAUCGAGGAAGCAUAUCAACGGGUUGCGUUGGAUCAGUUGCUUAGAAUUGCGGGCAUUCAAGAGGAUGACUUGUUGAUCAUGUCGGAUGUGGACGAGAUCCCGAGCGCCCACACGAUUAAUCUUUUGAGAUGGUGUGACGAUGUUCCGCCAAUCCUUCACCUUCAGCUGAAGAACUACUUGUAUUCUUUCGAGUACUAUGUCGAUAACAAGAGCUGGAGAGCAUCUAUCCACCGGUACCGACCCGGGAAAACUCGGUAUGCUCAUUUCCGCCAGAGUGAUGUUAUGUUAUCUGACGCUGGAUGGCACUGCAGCUUCUGCUUCCGCCAUAUAAGUGAAUUCAUAUUCAAGAUGAAAGCUUAUAGCCACUCUGACCGCAUCAGAUUCUCUCAUUACUUGAACCCGGAGAGGAUUCAAGAGAUUGUUUGCAGAGGGACUGAUCUGUUCGAUAUGAUUCCCGAGGAGUACACGUUCAAAGAGAUUAUCGGUAAGAUGGGACCUAUCCCUAGAUCUUAUUCAGCGGUUCAUCUUCCUGCCCAUCUGCUCGAUAAUGCAGAUCAGUACAAAUACCUAUUACCUGGGAACUGCAUCAGAGAAAGUGGGUGACAGUGGUUAUAUGAACAUGUUGAGGUGUUUCUUGUAUAGUUUGAACCCCACUGAAUAGAUUGCUCAGCUGAGACGAAAGCUUCAUGAUCUGUUACUGAUGCCACUGUGAUGAUCUCGAUAUGGACGGCAUAGAGUGUCCACCUGAACUGAGAGAGGAGAAAAGGCCGGGAAUUUGUUAGAUACACAGUUGCCGGAAAGAAUCUGACAGAACCUUGGAUUCAGACAGUGGCUCUGUUGAUUCCUUCUUCCCGGGACUUUGUCAGUUUCUUCUGAUACAGAGGUUUGCGAGAUAAGAUAAGAGCUCAUUGUUUUUAGCAGGGCAACAUUUCCCAGGUUUUUCUUCAAUGGGAAAUUUUGCGUUUCCGGGCUAAUCUAAUUCCAUAUAGGGAAUUCUGUUGCAUUCGUUUAUAACCUUUUUUUCUCGGGGAUUCGAUUGUUAUGAUUUUAGUUCUGUAAGAGUUGCUUCAUUCUUGUUCUAGUUGCAUCUGCUUAAUGCUUA